AUGCAGUUCUCAUUUUCGACCUUCUCCCUCACCCUCCUCUUACUUACAUCCUCCGGCUCUUCUUCACCAUUAUGGCCUAACGCUGCAGUCCCGGCCGACGCCCACCCAACAAUCCCCAGCAGCGUCUAUAGUUCCAACGCUGAGCCAUAUGCUGUACAACCACGCUCUCCGGCAAGCACAUCUGUAGACCCCAACGACGUAACGGGAACGACAUGUGACGAUCCGACCGUCUCUCUCAAUUCUCACGAUACAAAUGUCGCUGUACUCUCGAUAUGCGGCGGUAUCGCGGGAUCGAUCCAGAAAUGCGGAGGCAAUCCUCAAACCACAGUUGGCGCCUCAGGCACAUCCAAGUUCACACUUACCCCGGUAACCCAAGGGGCGACGUUGAACGUCAGCAAAGGCCGUUGGGAGAGAUGUGUCAGGGCAGCGCAGGCAGUCUGCCCGACGGGGACCUUCACCAGCACAUGCAUUGGUGGGUAUGCGGUGAGUGUCGCUGGCAAUGUACCUGCGAUUCUCGACGUGUAUGCUAAUGCAGUGCCUGUUCUAGAAGAUCGCCUCUGGUCUCUUAAGCAGUUCAACCACCACCUCGAAACGUGGAGAAUGAGUACUCGAGCAUCGCCCACGCGUCGCGUUCUGGGCGACAAAGAUCCCAACGUGCUGCUGUCCCCGACAAAGACAAAAGCAAGCCUAGACGGUGCUCUCAGCCCUCGGCCGCUGAAGCGCCUCGCGUCUCCCAUCAGUCCCCGAGCGGGACAGAAACGAAAGAUUGUCGAAAAAUACAAUGAGGAGACGGACGACUCGCAGCGGACGAGCAGCUCUCACCUCUUAUCCCAGCAUGUCGAUGUACUGAGCGAUGGGCCCUCGGAGCACCAAGACGCGGCCUCUCAGUCUUCUUCCACGGGCCAACACAAGUCCACACCAAACACGGCCUUCACAUCCUUUUACGUCUCGCAAGAAGAACCUCCACAACUGGAAUCCGAGUUCCAAAUCCACGACGAACCAAGCCAGCAGACAUUGGACAAGAUGCACGCGGUAUCAUUCACACAAAGUACCUCUCAGAUGGUGCCUCUCGACCACCCUACGUUCAACCAAGAGCCAUCCCAGGCCAGCCUGAGCAUGUCCAGCCUCAUCGACUUUGAAAACAACCUCUCAUCCCAAAGUGAUGGCACGCAAAUGCCCGAGGAGGUCGAUACCGUAGAACCGCCUCCCGCUCCACCGCCCAAACCCAAAGAAGAUCCCCGGAAGGAGAUGCUGCUCGAAAAAGCAGAGACACUCCGUACUCGACUACAACUAGCCAUCUACAAGAUCCAGACAAACCAAAUCUCCAAACCCUUCUGGCAACUCACAGUCCCCAAACACAAACAACUGCCAUCUUCGCCAGAGAUACGUGCAGCCGCACUAUCGUCGUCAUCACCACGAGGAUCGUCGUCAACUCUACGACCCAGGUCUGUCCAUCGACCAGCAUCGUCGCCCCUCAGCCCUGAAUCGCGCGUCGCCAUAGCGCGCGCCAGAGCGACCAUGGACCGCAAACCGCGCGUUAGACCUCUGGAGAGCCUGGUCGUGCCGACCAUUACCCCCACGGCGUUUUCAGCGAGGUGGGCUGACGCUGAAGAGAGCCAGCUGGGCGAGGACAUGCCAAGCAGCCCUCCAGCAGCAGAAACGUCGUCCGAGGGCGAGGGUGAGGGCGAAGACAAGGAUGUAGACGAGAUGAGAGCGCACGAGAACCCGACAGGCGAUUACUCUUCUGAGCAGCAGCCGCAAGCACCGCCGCCAAAGACACCCGACGUGCUUUCGAGGAAGGGGACGAUGGGCCACGGACGCAACCGCGGCAAGGACACCGAAGAAGACAUGGCGUCGCUUCAAAACAGCCAGCUGCGCCCACGGGGCUUGACUAGUAGUGUCAUCAAGGGCGAGGCUGCGAACAGUCUUCUUCAACUUGUUCGAGGAGGAGGAGGAGGAGGAGGAGGAGGAAGCGGCGGCGGGCGCGAUGUAGCCACGUCUUCGGGUGUUGGGAUGUGCGGAUUGUGA